GCCAGGCGACGACUCCGGUAAGUCAGUAAAGUUUCUGGGGCAUAUUCUUCGAUGUCGGCGGUAGUGGUAAACAGCACACCUUUCCACGUUCUUCUUCAUGACAUUGGGAAAGAUUUAAAGCUCAGCGAUGUCCAUUACAUGAAGUAUCUGCUACAAGGACACGUAAAUAAGGAGACAUUAGAGCAUCUUGAUUCAGGACAGGAGCUCACUGAACUGCUGAGAAAAAGAGGUUUGGUAACCGAGAAGAAACUGGCGUUUAUGAGAAAGCUUCUGAUAGAAGCUAAGUGUCUUAAACAAGUUCACUUAGUGGAUGAGUUCCGGGAAAAAUUCACUUCUGUGACAAUUAUUGGUGAGCGACAACAAAGUGAACGAGCCUCCAGAUUGAACAACAGACGGGAGACCUUACUGCGCAUGAUCGAGAAUGUGGAAAAUGAAAUAAGGACGUGCGAGGAUGUAGAUGUAGAAAUCUCUAAUCAGAUCAAAGAAUCCGAGGUGCAAAUCCAGGCAAACAACCAAAAUAUGGUCAUCGUUGAGGAAAUAAUUCAAAGUUUGAAAAGCAAGAUAGUCAAGUAUGAAAGCAAUAUAGAAUCAUUUGAAAGAAAAUUGGAAACGGUUCGAUUCUUCCUAAAGAAGAAACAAGUUGAGAUGGACAAAAUUAAACAGAAAUUGGACGAAAACCAUAGCAGCGCGACGAUUAAAAAAGAAUUAAAGGACAAGCAAGAGGAAAACGAAAAAACGAAAAGAGAGGAGGAUGAACUCAUCGCAAAACAUCAGAAUGCUCUGGACAUGAUAAGGACUACUCAUGUAGAGAUCAGACACAAAACGCAAGACUUGAUUGUCCUAGAGGAUAGUAUUCAUGACUCUUUGAUGCAGGUACGUGCUCUCAAGCAAAGCGCCAGGAAAAAUCAACGAGCUUCGGCGGACUUGCAAGAAAAACUGGAGAGUCUUUCGCUUGAACUGGAAGAUACACGGCGAAUGAAACCGCUGACACCUUUCUCAAGACCAGCAACUAGAGGUCAGAAUCUGUUGAAUGGUAACCAUGGUAACGCAGUGAAUGAGACGCACUUGACAAGGAGACUGGAAUACAAGGUUCUGGACUACGGCGAAAUUUCUGAGCGAGAAUCAAAUGUGAUUGGUCGAAAAGGGAAACGCGUGAAUCCUCCUCAGUUUCAGUCUCCCACCAGCGUGGCUGUCGACCGAGCACAAGGAUAUAUUUACGUCGCUGAUCAUGGCAACGCGCGUAUUCAAAUUCUAGACGUGAACGGUAACAUUGCACGGGAGCCAUUAGUUUUGGGUGGGAAAAGCCGACCAAGCGCCUUAGCAGUCAGUCUUCGAGGAGAUCUGGUGAUGACUGACUCGCAGAUUUUACGUGUGUUUAGCAAAACAGGUGAACUUCUUCGCCCAAUUUUGCCUGUCUACAGCAAGAAUGACAAACGACCGGAGCUAAGUGCUGUGGCAUUUGACAUUCAAGAAAAUAUCUACGCCGCUGACAAAGCAAACCACAGAAUUCAAAAAUUCACUUUUAAUGGGAGUUUCCUUUGCUUCAUUGGAGGACUUCAUGACUUGCAUUACCCCAUGGGCAUUACAGUUAGAAGGAACGGUGACGUCAUUGUGUCGGAAUACGAAAAUCAUCGCCUGAAAAUCUUCAGCCAAGAUAGCCUGGAGGAGAGUAGAACCAUUGGCGUGCAAGGUGUAGGAGCAGGCAAGUUUGCUUGCCCAAGAGGGAUUGCACUUGAUCAUAAUGACAAUAUUUUGGUAGCAGACAGUCGAAAUCAUAGAAUCCAGGCGAUUUCUUUGUCAGGUGAACCUCUUGGGUCGUUCGGAACGAUCGGCCUGGAUCCGGGAUGUCUUGAUACCCCGUAUGAUGUUGUCUUAGAUACCACUGGAAACAUAAUCGUAGCAGAUACUAAGAAUCACAGAUUGCAAGUUUUUACGCGCCUCGUACCCGUGUAUGCAGAGCCCGGAAUGUAUGAUGAGGAGUAUGAGGAAGCCGCCGCGAUCGAGGACGGGGAGGACCUGGAACUGGACGAAGGUGAAUUCAAAAUUCCUGGUAGCGAUUUAGAUAAAGAAUUACAAGAUAAUACGAAUGACGUCAGCUCCAAGGAAAAUUUUAAAAGUGACAUAAUUAAGGAAAAAAAUGGCGAAGACGAGAAGAACAAAGAAAGCGCGCAAGAGAUCUCUAACAUUACAAAGAAAGGUGAAAUUCAAGCCUUCAAAGAAAAAACGAGAGAAUUUUCGGCGAAUGAUCAAGAAUUUGAUGCUAACAAUAACUGA